AUGGUCUUCGUUGAUGGUUUUCCAUAUUUCUUACUCGUUGUUCUGUUUUUUUUUCUUUCUUAUUGUCUUCGAUAUUUACUUUCCGAAUUACUUUCUCAAUCUUUCUUUUCUUUUUUUCAUUUUACUGUCUUCCAUAUUUGUUUUCAGAAUUUAUCCUUCUUUCAUUACUUCUUUCUUUCUUAUUGUGUUUGUUGCUUGUUUGCCGUAUUUCUUUAUCGUUUUUUUUUUCCUUCUUAUUGUCUUUACUUUUUGACUUCCGCUUUCCGUAUUUGUCUUUCUUUCUUUACUUUUUUAAUUCCCAUUAUCUCCGUUGCUCGCUGUCCAAAUUUCUUUUUUCGUUCUUUCUUUUUAUUUUCUUUCUUAUUGCAUUUCUUGCUUGCUUUAAGUAUUUACUUGCUGUUAUUCCUUUUUUUCUUACUGUAUUCGUUUCUUGCUUUCCGUAUAUUUAAUCGUUUUUUUUUUCUUUUUUUUAUUUCUGUCUUUUUUACUUACAUUCCUUAUUUCUUUGCCGUUUUUUUCUUUUCUUUUCUAUUGUAUUCCUUGCUUGCAUUCUGUAUGUCUUUGUGGUUCUUUCUUUACUGUUUCGUUCAUAUUGUCUACGUUACUUGCUUUCUAUAUUUCUUUGUCGUUCUUUCUUUUAUGUCUUUUUCUGAUUAUUUUUCUUUCUUUCUUGUUUACUUUCUGUCUUUUUUUUACUUAUUCUAUUUAUUCUAUGCUUAUUUCAGUUUCCUUCACUGUUUCUCUUUUUACUUAUAUUGCUUGAUUGCUUUUCUGAUUUAUUUCCUACUUUAUUUGGCUUUAUCCAUUUUCCAACGUUUCUUUUUUUCUAUUUCCUUACUUCUUUCUUUCAUUUUCUUUUUUUUUUCAUUAUUUUUCCUGUCAUUUAAUUUUUGUUUCUUUUAUAUUCUUGCCAGUGUCUUACUUUGUUUUUUCUUUCUUUUUCUUACUUUUUUUUUCUUUGUCUUGUUUUUAUCCGUAUUAGUUUAUUUCUUAUCCUUUAAUAUUUUCCAUUUAUUCUUUCGAUUGAUUUUCGACAUUCAUUCUGAUUUCUCUUUCUUCAUUUCCGCUUUCGACAUUUUAACAUUCUGGUUACUCUUAUAUCUUUCCCACGUCUCUGGUUGCCCAAUUAUUCGUUUCUAA